AUGUUUGUCUAUUUCGCUCUAGCAAUUGGUUCAUUUCUGAUAAUUUACUACUUCCUUUUAAAAGAUGAUCGUGAUUGCAAGGAACCACCAGGACCAAAACCCUGGCCACUUCUAGGAAAUUUGCCAGAUUUGUUUAUGGCAUCGGACAACAUGACCUUGGCAUUGGGAAACUUGGCUGAAAAAUAUGGAGAAAUAUAUUCCUUAAAGAUGGGAUCUAAAAAGACAGUCGUACUCACUUCAAAGGAAGCCAUGCAAACCAUCCUCUCCAAUGAGGCGACGUUUGCUCGAGAUUUCUCAGGAAUGUGGGUCGAUCGAAGUUUCCGUAAGAAUUUAGGAAUUGCUUUUUCUGAAGGAGAAGUCUGGGAAACUUUGAGACCUUGGACGUUCAAAACGUUGAAAGAUUUCGGUUUUGGCAAAUCGUCCGAGAUGGAACGUUUUAUAAAAGUCGCAUCGCAACGUUUAUUCGGCUCAAUCGACGAUAAGAUGGGAUCCCCAAAAACUAGCUGUGACCUCGAUGUCCAACUGCUCUACAACGACCCCAUUCUUUCCAUCAUGUGGCAAAUGAUAGUUGGUCGCCUUUCCCCAGAAGAUGAACCGUCCAUUAAAAUUCUCUCCGAGAAAGGAGAUGCUUUCCUUCGAACCAGCGUUUUUGGGGCCGGAAUUGUAAAUGCGUUUCCGUUUUUGAGACGCAUCUUCCCAAACGCGUUAGGAUACAAUGUACAAAUGGAUUUUUUCAAGGAGUGCAACACCAUUGCGCAAAAUCUGUUCACGGAAAUGGAAGAAAAAAUGAGGAAAUUGCGGAUGAUAACUCCCAUAAAUUUAUUGGAAGCUUUCGUCCAAAAUAGUAUCAAGGAUUCUAAAAUUUUUAAUUGUGAUAAUUUCCUACUCACUUUUCAAGACAUGCUGCUCACCAGUACCGAUACGUCCAACACGUUUAUGGAGAUUGUGAUUUUAUACCUCAUCACUUACCCGGACGUACAGGAGAAAGUUUAUGAAGAAAUCUUGAAAGUUUCACCAGAUGGGAGAGACCUUAGUUAUUCUGAUAGAAUAAAAAUGCCGUACAUCCAAGCGUUUUUCCUAGAAACGCAUCGAAAGGGUCAACCCCUCCAGAACUUGGUUCCUCGUCGUGCCUUGUCCGAUAUUGAGUAUAAGGACUACAUUAUUAAAAAGGAUACCAUCAUCAUGAGUGACACGCGGCUCUACUAUGAAAACAAGGAGGAUUGGAUUGAUCCAGAAGUUUUUCGACCGGAACGUUUCCUUGACAAGGCUGGACAGGUGGUCAAUGCGGGGAAGAUUAUUUCCUUCUCAUUCGGGAAGAGGAACUGUCCCGGAGAACUGCAAGCGAACAUUGUUGCAUUUCUGGGGAUCACGUCACUCUUGCAACGGUACAAAUUGAGCGUCCCGAAAGGUCAGCAAAUGCCCAGGUUGGACAUGAGGCCGGGAUUGACGUUAAAACCGUACCCCUUUCAAGCCACGUUUGCUAAACGACAGUGAUCGAAGACAUACUGACCAAGACAGAUCUUUCGUAAUGUGUAACAUCUGCCUGGACCAGUUUGAUAAGCCGUUGACGAAGACUUUUUUACAGUUCGCAUAAUCCAAUUUUUUUCUCUGCGAUACAACAAAUUCUCGGUACUGUUGACGCACACAUAGACAUAUUUCCUAAGAAAUUCAUUAUCAAUUACCAAAUUGAUGAUGAUAUUUGCAAAUAUAAUUCAGCAAGAAGUACUUGUGUACUAUGUAUGUAUGUGUAAACAAUCGGUGAUAAUUUUUCCACCAUAGAGUAGUGUAUUUGUUGGUGUUUAGAUAACGAUAUGUAAAUCUGAAUUUACAUGCAUACGCAUUAAAAUUAACAUCAAGACAUUGUUUGCUGAAUACGUGCAUAUGUAGAUAUGUACAUGUAUUUAAUCUUGCUUGCAUUUCCAACCUAGCAUUUACCAUGAGCAUACCGAGUCAAUGAAUAACAAUUCAUAUACAAAAAUGCAUGCAAUCCUGUAGAUAAGUACAUACAUACAUGUAUGUAAGUAAAUAAUAUACUUGCCAACAUGUAGGUAUAUGCAUGCAUGAGUAUGUUACAUAACUCUCAAUCUACUUCUCUGUUAAAUUUUGUGCAUUAAAAUUCAACCAGAACAUUAAAUUCGGAAGGACAAUUAUUUCAAAAAUAUCAAACACAUAUUUCAUCGAGGUAUUAUAAACAAGUCGACGCGGCAUUAACAAAAUCAUGCGAGGUUAACAAAAUUCUGAAUUCCUAGCAAAAUUUGUGUUGCUUUCAAAAUUCCUGAUAAGUUAAAUGUCAUCCAAAGAACACGUUGUAACAUGAUAUAUGUAUGUAAUGUUCUAGAUUUGAAUUUCGAAUGCAACUCCUUUUAAACUUUUAGCAAAAUCUUGGCCAAAUUCCUUUUGCAAUUGGCAAACCAUUUUAACAACUAUUGGGUAGAAUUAAACAAUACGCUAACAACCUUUAAUAAAUAGCGUAAUUCCAUCGCGAAAAAAUAAUAUGGAAAUUGCAAUUAUUUUGUAAAA